CACGAGGAACUGCCUUAUCUGCGCGGAGUGAAGUGAGCAGUAGCCUGAAAUUAGUUUGCAUUGCUGUGUGAUUAUUUCGUAUCUCUGUUUCACGUUUGGGCGAGUUGAUUGUGAUGGUUUCACCUGUGUUAAUGACGUGUUCAAGAAGAAGUGUGCAGAGUUGUGUUUACGUUUAAUGUUCGGACAUUAGUUAAUACAUCUGUUGUAUAUUUUGUGAUUCAUGACUUAACUUCGUUCCGCUGUCUGCUUUGCUUUGAGAUUACGCCGUGCUGCCAAGAAUUGAGACCUAAAGAAGAUGACUGCUUUCACAGGCCGUCCCGGUUAGCCUCUGCUGCUCUCUUGAGACAUAACGCUCAUAUUCCUUACCAGAUGGAUCUCUGCUGUGUCGCCAGAUGAUGGUUUCUCCGUUUACAAAUGGCACCAUCAAAGGACGCAGAAUAUAAAGCGAAAGUGAUAUUAAGCUGGACGACUCUACACUUUGCCGAGGAAACAGAGUCGUGGGAAAGUGUAGAGGUAUUGCUCAAUGGAGGAUCUUCAACUCGUGACCUGUACACAACGAAAAGGAAACUCAAAGAUCCAUUGCGGGCACCUUCAGUUGUGAAAGAGAUAUGUCGCCGUGGGUGUUUGCAACUGCUCAGGUUCGCGCUGUCAGAGAACCCAGAUUUGGUUCACACAAAGCUGGAGAUGAGCCGCACCCUCCUUCACGUGGCAGCACAAUCCGGAUCGUCAGUGGCUGUGCGGUGCCUGCUAGACUACCCGGUCGAUGUGAAUGCCAGUGAUGGUCGGGGUGUGACCCCCUUGCAUGAAGCAGCUGCCCACUGCGAUGCCCACGUGCUGAUGCUGCUGCUCAAGGCGGGGGCCAACGCCCAGGCCAGGGAUAUUGACGGUAGAACCGCUCUUCACUAUGCAGCCAGUGGCGGCUCAGCAUCCGGUAUCCGGAUCCUCUUGGCGGAGGGCCUGACUCCAGACGUUGAGAGCGCCAACGGUUGCUCGCCACUGCACGAGGCUGCCUCUAGCUCUAACCACCACUGUGUCCAGCUGCUACUGAAUGCUGGCGCUGACUUGCACAUGACGACAAAUGCGGGCUGGACAGCGCUGCACUGGGCUGCCAACAAAGGAACCGUCCGCUCUCUAAGGAUGCUACUCGAAGCUGGUAUCCAACCAGGAGUCAGAACACAUCAGGAUGAAACUCCGCUCCAUCUAGCAGCAGAGCGCGGACACUCAGAUAUGGUGACACAUCUGGUGAAUUACGGAGCUGAUGUAGAAGCUUUGGACAGCGAUGGUAGGACACCAGCUAAACGAGCCUCAGACUACAUUCAGAAGCAGCAGCAGGAGGAGGCUGCGGCUGCUGCAUCCGUUAAAGCUGCUGCAGCUAAAAAGGUGGAAGAAACUAAGCAACACAGACGUCAGAGGGAAACUGGCCAGAAUUUGGCCGCACCACCUGCUGAGGAAACCAACACUGAGCUGCUUUCUAAUGUGCCUCACUCUGAAGAUGUACAAGGAGAUGAUUCCCAGUUAUAUUAUGAUGAAGUGGAGGGCAGUGAAUACAGUUUCCAAUCUGAAUCGGAAAUAAGUGGGCAGAUAUACUCUGAUAAUGGCAGUGACUUCGAGGAGGAAAAUUAUUCAUCAGAAACUGCUUCAGUAGGAGCCCCCGCUUAUAAUAAACCACCACCUUUGCUUUCUGUAGAAACAAACAUUGGGCAGUAUGGUAAUCAAAACCGUGGGCGUUACCAGAGAGGAAAAUAUCGUGGAAGAGGGCGUGGCUAUUUCAGAGGUCACAAAUCAGGUUCGAGGGGUGGUGGACAUUUACAGUCACAGGAAGGAAAACCUGAGCAAACUCGAGAAUAUAAGCCGUCCUCAGAUAGAGCACAAAAUGCUGGGUAUGUACAGCAGGGGGAACAUCGCCACCGUCAACGCCAUCGUCCUCACCGUGCAAAGGAAGGGGAGGCCAAAAGGGAAUAUAAUAACCAAAGUAGCUCCAGUGAUACUAGGAGAAAGGAACACGUCACUUACCCAGUAGGUGAGGACACCAAAAUGAAGCAUCCUGUCAGCAAAGAUAGACAAAAACACCCAAGUGGCGAGGGACAUGUGCCCCAGAAUAUGGUUCAGAAUACUUUAAUUUACACAACAGGUGAGGACGCCAAAAUGAAGCAUCCUUUCAGCAAAGAUAGACAGAAACACCCAAGUGACGAAAGAUAUGGGCCCCAGAAUACGGUUCCAAAUACUGGAACAAGAAACUUACAAAGGCGUGAGGCUCAUGGUUCCACCGACCAGAUAAAUCGCCAGGGAAAUAGAAGUGGCGGCACUUUCUUGGAUGAAUUAAGGUAUUUGCAAGAAAAACUCGCUUCUGUCGACGCUGGAACUACCCAAUCGCCGAAGCCUGUACCACCUCCAAAACCUAAACCACCUCCAAGGCCACAACUAUAAAUACUAGUAGCACAGUGGCCUUAUUUGUUAAGUGUUACGACCUUCUUGUCAAUCAUUUUCUCAUCGAAAAGCUGCAGAGUUUAUCAGAUUCUGUUUUUGGCUGUAUGAUGUGUAAUGUUUUGCUGAGAAUUUGAACAGGAAAUAGUUUGUACUUAGUACAAACACUUAAGUUGUCAGGUUGUACAUGUCAGGUAACCUUUUAAUGCCACUCUCUUCACCUCCUGUUCAAUUGCUCAUACAGUAUUGUUGAAUAUUGCUCUGUUUCCUACUACCCUGUUGCACAGAUUAGGUGGACGAUGCCAUCAAGAUCGCAACAUUAUUGCUUCAAUGUGUGCCUUCAGUAAGAGUUUAAAGACUGUCGUUUUUUACUGUUGUAAAUGUUAAAUAUAUUUGUGUGAUAAUAAAUUAAAUUGUUUACCAUUA